GUUUAGGGAGAUUAGUGAUGGUGUGAGGAGGAGGUAAACUACUUACCAGAGUCUACUCGGACAAAUAGGAUGGCACACAGGUGAUUUGUCAGACUGCCGGCAGGAGUGUGGUGGGAGAAUUUUCAGCAGGAUUAAAAUCGAUGUCUGUUGAGUGCUGGGUAGAGUGUGUUUUACAACCACAGACACACAUAUGUCCUCCUCCAAGGGGUUGCUAAUGUGCCUCCAGUCUCCUGGAUCUCUUCCACACAGGUGUAAUACAGUGUGCCCUACUUACAUACGGCCCAUCACACACACAACAUAGAUAGCUGUACAUAUAGGCAUUACCUGUUGGUUUGCGGACACCCUUGAUUUAAACUUCAGGUCACAUGGUUUGUGGCCGGAGGAGGGAGAUAUAUAUACUGUUCCUUGGUAUUAGUGGUGGUCUUCAGGUGUGGUUCGAGACAGACAUCGUGGAUUUAGCCAUAUAUAGGAUAAAAUAUUCAACUAGUUGUGUGUGUGUGUGAGGAAGCAUUGAAGCAAUCAAGUGUAUCUCAUUGUGAGCCACAUCACUAAAACAGGGCCCCUAUACACUUGCCUCAGAGUGGUCCUCAAAUUCUAUGUCUGGAUGAGGUCGAUUUAACUGCAACCAUGAGGCUACGACGUAGAAAGAAAGAUAAGAAGAAGAAUGGGGACAUGAAGUCGGGUUCAUUGGGGACGAGCACUCCGCCCCCAGAGAGAAAAAGUAAAUUCGCCUCUAUCGGCAAGCUAUUCAAACCUUGGAAAUGGAAGCGGAAGAAAAAGAGUGAAAAGAUAGAGAAAACUGCUGUUGAACUGGAGCGAAAGAUUUCCCUUCGGUCAACUCGAGAGGAGUUGAUGAAGAAAGGGGUACUAAAGCCAGAUGAUGGCUCCACCAAGUCCCAGCAGAACCACAAUGUGGCUAAGGAAAUGAUCGAGGAAACUCCAGAACCACCGCCGACGCCUUCAGAGGAGACCAAGGAAUCCACAGAAGCGGUGAAGGAGAGUGGCGAGGUAGAGGACAAGAAGGAGGAAUCCAGUAGUGACCCUCCCGUCCAAGAGGGGAAAGAGGGGGAGCAAGUGGAGGUUCCUGAGGGUCUAGAAUCCACCACAAUUACAACACAAGCACAGAUCACACCAAUCAGUACACAAACUACUAAUCCAGUGCUAACAACAGCCAAUGCUAGGCCAAUGAUCAUACCUGCUGCUGCCACAAAAGUACCUCAGGAACCGCCCAUCCCUGCCCCCAGACCUUCCAUCGCUAUGGAGAUGGAGGUACAACAAGCCAGUACAGUCAAGUUUGCUGCGGAGGAACAGGUCAUCUCCGACAAUCAUCUCCCUAAUGAUGACGAUGACGAGGAAGAGGAUUUGAGUGACCUUGACGUUACAGAGCCAGAACAGAGUGAACAAGAACCAAACCUUGAUCCUGGCUUUGAACAGGUUCCUGCCUCCGAACCGGAUCUGAAUAAACAACCUAAAAAAAGUGCUUUGAAGUCUAGAUUUGAACUGAAUGGUGGUGUGCCGGUGACGCCAGAGCCUAGUGCCGCGUCACAAAUAGACAGCAGUAGAUCACAUUGUGUGCCCAAUCAUGUUAGGAGUGUUAACCAGCAGCCGAAGCCUUCCCCUCUGGCCACACCCCUUUCUGGCAAUAUAGGCCGGCCGCGGCUUAGAGCUGGAUUUGUACAUGUUCCAACACCGACAGGAGGGGACAGUGAUAAGGAAAAUACCCCAAUCCCUGUGUCAAUGCCAGUAGUACCCUCACCAGUGUCUUUCCAAAACACCCCAAAGUCAUCCACACAGCAACACUCUUACGACGACUCAUCAUCCGACGACGAGGAAAUCAAGUACCGUGAUGAUGACGAAGACGACGAGAUGGAAACAAGUUCUUUAGCAGCAAAAGUAGCAAGACAAGAUAGUUUAGCUAGGUUUUUAAGUAAUCGCCCAUCACAUCACGAACUUAUUGAGAAAAACAUUAUACCGUCUGAGUCACAGGACGAGAAACAGGUGCAAAGGUUCAACAUUGGACAUAAGCUUACAAGGCGGCUGAGCUUACGUCCUACCCAGGAUGAGUUAAUGCAAAGAAAUAUUUUACACAACCAGUCCUCAGAUGAUGCUAUUCGAGAAAAGGAAGAGAAGAAAAAAUAUCUAAUUAGAAAGCUAAGCUUCAGGCCCACUAUAGAUGAGCUGAAGGAGAAGAAGAUUAUCAAGUUCAGUGAUUAUGUGGAGUGGACGGAUGCCAAUGAGUAUGACCGUCGGGGUGACAAGCCCUGGACACGCCUCACUCCUAAAGACAAGGCUGCAAUAAGAAAAGAGUUAAAUGAGUUCAAAAGUAAAGAGAUGGCAGUGCACGAGGACAGUCGCCAUUUAACCAGGUUUCACAGGCCUUGAGAACAAAUAACAUUAUUGCUAAGCAAACACCUAUGUGAUAUAGGCCUGCAGAGAGUUCACAGCAGAUCAGGACAGAGAAAUUGCAGCCACCUGAUUGGUUGUAUUGAUCAAGUGCUGUGUUCUGAUUGGCUGAGCUCCCCAGUGAAACUGGAAUGUUGCAGAUUAUCAGGGACUUGAAAACAUACCAUAACACAAAUAGGACUUGCAAACUUUAUUUUUGUUGAUGCUGACAUUUGCUAUGUAUAGGUGCCUCCGGUGGAGCAGAGUAACUUUAUGUCUACAACUCCACAAGAUGCAAGCGAGCUUAUUGCAGAGAUAUGAAUGUAUGUGUAUUGUAUAGGUAUUCUGAGAGUGUAAUAAAGGCAUUUGAAUACCGAAUCAGAGAAAAAAAAUAAUCAGAAAAAACUGUUUCUGAACAUUUACGUUCUUUAACAUUCAGUUAACUUGUCAUUUUAAUCUGGACAUUUUUUUCGGAAUCCAAGCUAUGCCAACUAUUGAUGUUCUACUUGUUUGGUGACCUUGUCUUUCACUAUGAUAAAGUGCUGGAGAAGACUUGUGAGGUUAGGUCAUGUGACUGUCAAAGAACGAAAGAGGAAUAUUGUAAUGUCAUGUCAAACAUUUAUAGUUUGCAGGAAGAAACUUGUGUUCUGUAAAAGUGGUCAUUUGCUGUCAAAACUUAAAUGAAUUCAAUAAGAAUGAAAUGUGUGUUGCAAAAGCAUUGCUAAUAUAACUCUUUCAUUUUUGAAUGGUUUUUAGAACUGAACCGCAAACAUACAUAUGGAAAUGUCCACUUUUACGGUACUCAACAUUAGCUGAACCUGGCACUUAACAACCCUGAGUUUAUGUUGUUGUGUUUUUUUGUUGAACACUUUAAAGAAAUAUGUGGAACUAAGACAUAUAGAUUUCCUUAGUAAAGCAUAUACUACAACUGUUAUCAGUACACUCUAAGAUAAUGAGGUGAUAAUCUUAGAUUUAUGAUACUGAGAUUUGCGGAAUUCGCUUGUCCCUAAAAUUCAGCAGUCAAAUUUCGUUCAGAUGUUAUACAGAACAAGAAGUUACUGUAUUUAUCACAUACUUUUCAGUUUGUUUUGAACCAAAGAUUUUUAUAUUUUGUUCAGUGGUAAAAGGCUGGAGUAUGUAUGGGUUAUAGAGUAAAUGGUCUAUAACAAGUGCUACAGUUGGUCAGCUGAUUGUAUAAUGCAUAUUUAGCAGCAACCCGAGUGAGAUGUAAGAGUUGGUGAGAAUGGCCUGAGAAUACAUAUUUUUGUUGUCUAGAUUUGAAAUUUUGUUUUCUUUGUCAAAACCUGUGUGUAGUUAAGCUAGUUUUUACCUGAACACUUGUCUACAUGCAUUUAAAAGGUGACCUUCGAUUGCUGGUCAAACAUUGCUCAUGAUGAAUAACCACAUAAUUGAAGGUUGGCUUUAAGGAAUUCACCAAAAAUAACAUUUUCAUUGUAUUACUUUCAUCAGUUGGAUAAAAGCGAUAGUCUCACACAGUGAAUAUUGUAAAAAAAAGAAGCUUUCUUUGCUAGUGACUUGUGACAUAAUAGAAAGCCAACCUGUGAUUUUGACAUCCAAACCGAUGUUCUAACAUUAUAUUGAAUGUUGCUGGUUAUCUCGUACGUUUCAGUAAAUAGGAUAAAACAGAAAAUUUAAGGGUUUCCCGUUACAUAUCAUAAUAUUUUUUAAAUGAGAUAGUAAACAAAGAUGAAAAUAGUGAAAAAAAUUGUAGAAAUGCUAGAAAUAUAAAAGUGAAAUUUAUCGUAAUAAAUUUGUCCUGUUUCUGUAGAUAAUGUUAACUAGCCCGUCACACUGAUGUUCCAGAAUCUGUUGAUAUAUAUCAAUGUAACUGCUAUUAUCAGCAGUGUCAUGAAAAGGCUCAGAACAACCACAAUAUGUUUAGUCUGCUGUGUAACCAAUCAGAAACAGUGUUACAUGUUAUUUAGGGUUGAAUACCAUUACUCUUGAUGCUCAUUGGCUACAAUAUGAUAAAGAAAGAUUCAUCAGGUUCGCAGCUUGAAAUGUUAAAAUAUUUGUAUUCUCCGAGGCAAGGUUGCUGAGACAAAUAAAAUAUGUCUCUGAGGUAUGGCUGAAGAGACAAAUACUUUUCUCUGAAGCAAGGCUGGAGAGACAAAUACAGAGUCUCCGAGGCAAGGCUGAAGAGACAAAUACAACGAGGCCCGUAUUCAUGCUCAAGUAUGGAAUUUGUGCUCAAGCUGAAUUUCUUGUUCCCGUUAUAAAUUCAUAAAAAAUGUUUUUUUCAAUGAUUUGGGCGGAAACAUUGAAGAGACUUGAAGCUGAAAACUGUUUUCAAUGUUUGCAUUUGACUUUUUGAUCGUUUGACAAGAUUUAGGCGAGUUACAAGAAAGUAGGUUUGAGCACAGAAUCCAUGCUUGAGCAUGAAAACGGUUUCAUGAAUACGGGCCAGAGUCUCUGAGGCAAGGCUGAAGAGACAAAUAGUUUUAACAAAUACACAGAGUUGCUGUGAGAAAGAUGCAUGAUUGAAUGUUAUGCAAAUUAAGAUUAAUUUUUUU